AUGGGCAACGCAACCUCUGAACCUACCGUACCAUCUAUCGCCGUUCCUUCAGCUCCCCUCGCAGAAGCACAGCCAGAAGGAACAUUGUUACCCCUAACAUCAUGGGAGUACAAGCAAUACAACCAACUCGCCAUCAAGAUGGACUACUUUCACAACAUAUUCCGCGACUCAUGGCGCACAAUGGCCACAGCGUGCCAGAACGGCGCCCCCUUCCCACCACAAACCUCACUAUCUUCCUUCCUCGACGCAGCACUGCACUUCUGCACCCACCUAAAAGGCCACCACGACCUCGAAGAAACCUACUACUUGCCCAUCUUGGCGCGCAAAAUGCCGUGCUUCGCAAAGGAAAUGGAGAUGCCGAGCCAGCACAAGCAGAUCCACGGCGGCUUGCUGGAGCUGAAGCGGUUCCUGGAGGGCAAGCAGCGAGAUUUAGAGAAAGGCCAGAUGAUGGAGAGUAGUAACGGUCAGGGAUUUGAGUGGGAGAGGAUGAAGGAGAUUAUGGAUACGUUUGGGGAUGCGCUUUGGCGGCAUUUGGAUGAGGAGGUUGAGAUGCUGGGCGCGGAGAAUAUGAGGAGGUAUUGGACUUUGGAUGAGAUGCGAUGUAUGCCUUUCUGA